GCCAUUCACUGAUCUCUCCCGUGGCGCUCUCAGAUCUUCGCCGACACAGUGACAGCCAGACUCUUGAGCUGACUGUGUCCACGUCUACUCUGCUUUCCACACAGACGACUGGUGCUUUUUGGACGAGAUUCACAUGGCCUUUUUUUGCCUGCUAUUUAUUUUCCCCAGCUUGACAGUUUUUCAAACGUGGUGUUUUGAGAAGGCUACGUAACUCCAAGAGGGCGGUGUGUAUUUUAACUUUGCUCCUCUGAGUGGUUCAGUGCUGGUCUACUCGCCUCUGGCGAAACUACUUGUUUUGUUUCUUCUGUAGCCUGUGCUUGGAACAACUCUCACUAUUCACCUGGAGACACUACAGUUCUGUUUGAGCCAUGGAACUUCAAGGAUCUCUCUCCAUCAGUUGUUUCAUGUCUAGAAGAGGAAUUCUGGAGUUUUCUUUAAAGAUUUGAGAGGGAUUUCGCAGUGUUCACCUUCUCAUCUAGUCCAAGGUUUUCUAAUUUUCUGCAUCUGAAACUUGCCUGGAUAGUUUUUUUUGUUUUCCCAUAUGUAUUGGAAGGACGCCCUUGCACUGGCAUGCUUUUAAGGCCCACAGUGCCGGGGCUGUGCGCAAUGUUGCAGACCAUCUAUGAGACCGAGUCCUGCUUCUCCUCAGACGCCGUGUCCAGCAGGGAGCAACCUCUGGAGCUGCUGCCCCAGUCCCAAGUGUCUGCCAUGCCCAGUGCUGCUGUGGAGGUGAAGACAACUCUCCCCUCGGGGAUGCAGAGCCCUGUGGGCGGCAGUGAGCAGGGUGUUGGAGGUGGCGGCGGUCCCGUGGACCUGAGGACAGAUCCCAGGCUGGGACCCCUGGGUGGAGGGGUGGACCCAGCCAUGAGGGAGCAGCAACUGCAGCAUGAACUGCUCCUCCUCAAGCAGCAGCAGGAGCUUCAGAAACAGCUUCUCUUCGCUGAGUUCCAGAAGCAGCAUGAGGUGCUGACACGCCAGCAUGAGGUUCAGCUGCAGGAGCACCUGAAGCAGCAGCAGGAGAUCCUGGCGGCCAAGCGGCAGCAGGAGCUGGAGCAGAAGAGGAAGCUGGAGCAGCAGAGGCAUGAGGAGCUGGAGAAACAGAGGCUGGAGCAGCAGCUCCUCAUGCUACGCAACAAGGAGAAGGGCAAAGAGAGUGCCAUUGCCAGUACGGAGGUGAAGCUGAAGCUCCAGGAGUUCCUCCUGAGCAAAAAAGAGCCUGGCACACCGGGCGGACUAAACCAUUCCUUCCCCCAGAAAUGCUGGGGAGCCCACCACACCUCUCUGGACCCCAACUCCCCCCCUCAGAGUAACAGUCCGGGAACGCCGCCCUCCUACAAACUGCCCCCGCUACUGGGGUCCUACGAGGGCAGGGACGAUUUCCCUCUCCGGAAGACUGGUGAGUGGAUGCACUGUGUAUGUGGUUGCAUCAGUGUUGGCCAAUCAGAAGCUGUUGCAGGAGGCGAGAGGCAGGCCAUCCAGACCAUGCGUCAGGGUGGGGCUCUGACGGGCAAGUUUGUCAGCACCUCGUCCCUGCCGGUGUCAUGCCUGCCACCUGGUAUGCAACACGACUAGACUCCACCAGGCCCCCAACCCCACAGCAGUCACUCCUCCCUACUGCAGCACGUCCUCCUGCUGGAGCAGGCCCCGCCACAGAGCGUCCUACUUGCAGUCCCCAUGUACGGUCAGUCGCCGUUGGUGACAGGGGAGCGGGUGUCCAACAGUAUGCGCACGGUGAACAAGCUACCACGCCACCGGCCCCUGAGUCGCACACAGUCUGCACCCCUCCCCCAGAGCCCCCAGGCCCUGCAGCAGCUCGUCAUGCAGCAGCAGCACCAGCACUUCCUGGAGAAGCAGAAGCAGUACCAGCUCAACAAGAUUCUGUCAAAAGGGGUGGAGCUUCCUCGCCAACCGCCCACCCACCCCGAGGAGACAGAGGAGGAGCUCACAGAGACACAGGAGAUGCAGGAGGAGGGGGCGGGGUCUGAGCGUCUGGGGGAGGGGCGUCCUCAGGAGCAGAGGCUCCAGAAGGAAGAGUCGGGGGAGACGUCGCCCCCUUCAGAACGCCUGCUGACCCCCCUGAAGGGCGAGAGCACAGAGAGCGAUUUGGAUGAAGAAGAUGAUGAAGACGAGGCCAUCGAGCUGAGGGAGUGUGAUGAGGASGGCGUACCUUACGGCCAAUAUCACCUGCAACAGCUCAAUGUGUUCCAGGCAUCCCUGUCCAUUUCGGGCAUGCCUCACAGACCUCUGGGAAGGGCCCAGUCCUCCCCUGCCACUGCCAGCGUCAAGGGGGCUCCCAUGGGUGAGGUCCCCAUCAAGCACCUCUUCACUACAGGGUUGGUGUACGACACCUUUAUGCUGAAGCACCAGUGUAUGUGUGGGAACACCCACAUCCACCCAGAGCACGCCGGCCGCAUCCAGAGUGUGUGGUCCCGGCUGCAGGAGACUGGGCUGCUGGGCCGCUGUGAGAGGAUUCGGGGGAGGAAGGCCACGUUGGAUGAGAUCCAGACUGUGCAUUCAGAAUACCACACACUGCUGUAUGGCACCAGUCCCCUCAACAGACAGAAACUAGACAGCAAGAAGCUCUUAGGUCCAAUCAGUCAGAAGAUGUAUGCUGUGUUGCCCUGUGGAGGCAUUGGGGUGGACAGUGACACUGUGUGGAACGAGAUGCACUCCUCGGGCGCUGUCCGAAUGGCUGUUGGCUGCGUCAUCGAGCUGGCUUUCAAAGUGGCCGCCGGGGAACUGAAGAACGGCUUUGCCGUGGUGCGUCCACCAGGCCAUCACGCUGAGGAAUCCACUGCCAUGGGCUUCUGCUUCUUCAACUCAGUGGCCAUCACAGCCAAGCUGCUACAGCAGAAACUAGGAGUGAGCAAGAUCCUCAUCGUGGACUGGGAUAUUCACCAUGGUAAUGGGACACAGCAGGCUUUUUACAACGACCCCAAUGUACUUUACAUUUCCAUUCAUCGCUACGACGAUGGAAACUUCUUCCCCGGCAGUGGGGCUCCUGAAGAGGUGGGGGUUGGACCUGGUGUUGGCUUCAACACAAACAUCGCUUGGACAGGGGGCGUAGAACCGCCCAUGGGUGACGUGGAGUACCUGACUGCCUUCAGGACGGUGGUGAUGCCCAURGCCAACGAGUUUUCCCCUGACGUGGUCCUAGUGUCCGCUGGGUUUGAUGCUGUGGAGGGCCACCAGUCCCCUCUGGGAGGAUACAACGUCACUGCUAAAUGUUUCGGCCACCUCACCAAGCAGCUGAUGAAGCUGGCGGGGGGACGUGUGGUCCUGGCGCUGGAAGGAGGUCACGAYCUCACGGCCAUCUGUGACGCCUCCGAGUCAUGUGUGGCGGCYCUGCUCGGCGAUGAGUUGGACCCCCUGCCACAGGCUGUCCUGCAACAGAAGCCCUGUCCAAAAGCUGCUGCCUCUCUGGAGAGGGUCAUUGAGAUACAGAGUAAACACUGGAGCUCUCUCCAAAGGUUGGCUACCACGGUGGGCCAGUCCUUAAUGGAUGCCCAGCGGAGAGAGAAGGACGAGGCCGACACGGUCACCGCCAUGGCAUCGCUUACCGUGGAUACUGAGCAGGCCACCGCUUCCACCAUCUCCAUGGAAACCAGCAGGUCUACAGAAGAGCCAAUGGAAGAGGAGCCUGUCUUGUAGGAGGAAACGGAGAGUUGUCUUGACACCUUUGUCUCCAUGUUCUUCGGCACUAGCCUUCUGUCAUCCUCUCCUCUUUCCAGCCCUCGCCUCACCUCUUUCCAUUUUCUGAGGAUUGAUGGACAUGUGCUAGCCUCCCUUUCCAACUCACUGAGGUGAGUUUGUUAAAGUGUGUGUGGGAGAGGAGAGGCGGAACACACACACACACUGACCUAAAGGGGCCAGCGGCGGAUAUGCGUGAUUGGUGGAGAAGCAGGAAGAGGCGGGACCUUUUGAGGAGCCUGUGUCUUGCUUUUUUCUUUCAAUCUUUUUUGUAAGCAGAAGGCAGUGGAUCCCGGAGUGUGCCUCGGCUCUGGGGCCCGAGAAGCUUUAUACAUUUCUUGUCAUACUUUAUACUUUUCAGGAACAUUAGAACUGAAAAAGCCAACAAGCAGCAAAAAUAUUUCAACAGCCACAAAUACACUCACACACCCGCAUUAUACUAUACACACUAAGUUCUCAACAGAGGAACAACAAUGGGGUUGUAUCAAUGAAUAAUGCUCUUCCUUUCAGAGCAUGCGAACCUCUGUUCCUAUUUUGUCUGUCRUUUGGUAUUCUCAUGCGUCUAUUCAAUAAUCUGUUCAAAGCAGCACACAAACAUAUGAUAUGUAUAUUUGCAUAUAUAUAWAUAUAUAUACUGUAUAUUYCUUUCACUGUAUCAGCUGUGGUUGUGGAGUGGAGGUCGAGCUGUGGAUCCUGCCAAGGGAGACUUACUGGCUGAAGGAGACAACAUAUCUCUCCAAUUCAGCCUUUCUUUUUUCUUCAGGAAGCCUCAGCUCCCUCCACUUUGUAUGGGAGAGAAUGCAUUUUGAGGUGGUUUUUACCCUUCUACUUUGUUUGGACUAUCAAAAAAGGACACAUACCCACAAUGAAAUUUACCGCUUGGUGCAAUGGAAGCCCACGGAUUGGACGAGGAAGGAUUUUGUGGAAUAAUACUUGGAUUAUGAACUUGUUGUCUCACGCUUGCUGCUGCGACUGGGAGACUUGUGGUGGUCAUGAGACUGGAGAAAGACGUUUUUAGAAGAACUUGGUGCCUUUUAUAUUAAAUAUCCCUGUUAACACCAACUACACCACCACUUARCAGAACACAGGACAGAAAGACAAAUCCACACACUUGUUACACUCAUGUCUGUUUUGUUUGUAUAUUUGUUUGCUUGUUUCUUUCAAAAUGCCUUAAUUUCCUCCAGAGAAUGCACCAUUUUAGCCAUCUCCGCAGAGAUGGGAUUCUACUCCUAUGUCCUCUCUCUUUCUGGGUUUGUGUAAUACUCUAGGUCAAAGGUCAGUGUGACUUUAACUUAGUUUUUUUUUUUGCGUCCUUUAUMAAUUCCGACCCGUACAUAUGCGGCUGACGGUAUGAUUGUGAGGWAAUUUGAACGCUACAACGACCAACUUUUUGCUAUGUCACUUCCUGUCACUUGUAAAUACUGCAUCCUUUCCUGCUUUGGCAAACCCCUCAACCUGAGACGGUUCAAUAACAAACUCAUUGUUUUUCCAUUUAUUUAGAGAGGAGGGACUGAACUUGGUCACUUUUUUAAACAAACGUUUUAUUUUGUAUAAGAUGUAUACGAAUAAUGACAAUAACAGUGUUAAUCCAAUCAAAUUGGAUAUGAAUAUUAUAUUUGARAAGAGUAAAAAAAAAAAARARAAGCCACCUAAGCAAGCACACAUUGUGUUAGUUUUGCAAUCAAUGUUUUGUCCUUUUUUCUAAGUGCCAUUUGUUUUUUCCACACAAAAAAAGAGACAACAGAAAUGGUGAUAUGGGAUGGAUCUCAUUUGGCAAAUAAUCAWGAGCAAGCACCACUUUAGAUUACACUGCAAUACCCCAAAUCCUGGAAACUGUUGCCCACUUGUCAGCUGUCAUAAACCAUUUGUUUGACUUAGUGUCCAGGUGCUGUGUUAUCUGGCCUCUGUUGCCAUCAAUAUUUAUAUUUCUCAAUCAAUGAAAAGUGUUUGCACUUGACGCCUAUAUGAUCACACAAAUUAAAUACUUUGGAAAAU